CUCUCUCUCUCUCUCUCUCUCUCUCUCUCUCUCUCUCUCUCUCUCUCAGCUUCUCCGUCGAGUGUCUCCCGGAGAUUUCAAUACAAACUCAAUCGCCUCAAAUCGAAUCGCCAAUUCAGUUGAAUAGAAAUGGUUUACAUCGCUUCGUGGGACGAGUUCGUGGAUCGAUCUGUUCAGCUUUUUCGAGCUGAUCCCGAAUCUACUCGGUAUGUGAUGAAGUAUCGACACUGUGACGGCAAGUUGGUUCUCAAGGUUACUGAUAACAAAGAGUGUCUCAAGUUCAAGACAGACCAAGCACAAGAAGCAAAGAAGAUGGAGAAACUGAAUAACAUAUUCUUCACCCUGAUGGCUAGAGGACCUGAUGUUGAUCUUUCUGAAGUCACCGGGAAAGAACAGAUGGAGACACAACCUGUGAAGAAAGGAAGAGGAAGGAAGCAAUAAGUAUGAUGAAUCUGUUUUUGUUAUUCUUCUUUUUUUUUGUCAUCAAGAUUUUGAUCCAUUUUUGUUGGAUAUUUUAAAGUUGGGGUUGUGAUGGUAGGCUUAUUAAAGAUUUGUUCUAAAGCUGACUUUGGAUCUAAAUAUGGGUCCUAUAUGGAAAAUACAACUUUGAUCCAAAAUGCUAAUCUUUUAGUCAUAUAAUUGACAUUUCUAUUGUCCUA